UAGUUACAUCGUGUGUACCGGUAAAUCGACUCUCUGCUUAAUUUGAUUAAAUACCAUUAUUUUCAGUUUUGAUAACGCCGGUUGACAUUGUUACCGAAAAUUCCUUAUCAUAACGUUUCAAGUUUCGAUAAUGGUUGCCGUCGGUUUUAGUCAUCACAUUGGCUCUUUUGUUUCUACAGUUUCAUCCAGGUUUUCGAUGCGGUUCGAACUUCAGGUGAGACUUGUUCUAAAUUCAUUGUGUAGACCCUCGAGAUUGCCAGAAAUUCUUCGAUAUUCUCAAUGGUGUGGUGAGAUGAACAAGAAGGCGAUAUGUGCCGCUUAAAGCGAUGGACUCUUACGACUUGUUCGGCGAAGAUGGAAGUGGUAUGUUGGACGGUCUGCCCGAACUGGGCCCCGAUCAUUUCGAACCUGCGGUGACGGGAGCGCGCAAUGCCACAUCGGCCUAUUCUACGCAACCCGCAUACUCGCAAGAGACCCCCCUCCAGAAAUUGGCGACCUUCGGCGGCACGGACUUUAACCAUAUGGACCCGAACGCGCAGGCGAUGUACUCCCAAGGCUACGGCACAGCCGACCGGCCGAUGGGACCGCCCUCUGGCGGUGCCUAUGGCCACCAAAGACAAAUGGCGCGACCACCGCCCGCACCUCAACCAGCAAAUCCUAACCAGUAUCCGUACCAGACGGAUAACAUGUACUCGAUGCCCGAUCAUCAGCUGAGCGGUAUGGCUGAUGGUAACGGCAUGCAGGCGACCGCGUGGGGUCAACACUCGACGCCCGCCGCUUCAGCGCCCAACUAUCCGAUGCACAGGUACUCCCAAAUGGGCGCCUACCGUCAACAAACAAUUUCCGCUUACCAACAAGAGACACAGAAACAGCAAUUCCACCCGAUGAUGCAGCAGCCGCACCAGCCGUAUGCCCAGAUGCAACAGAGGCACGCCCCACACUAUCCUCAAAGUGGCGCUACCGGGUACCCUACACCGACAGCGUCCCAAGGUUACGGUGGCUACAUGCACCAACGACUACCUCAGCACCACCAAUAUCCUCAUGCUGCAGCCGCCGCCGCCGCCCACCAUCAAAUGGAGAUGGCAGGAGUGUCACAAGCGCAACAACAAUAUACCAGUCAGAUGGGACACUCCGGCCAUCCGGUACCGACGCCUACGCACAUGGGGCACCCGGCAUCAAACCAGGCGCAACCAACGCCGCAAAAUCCGAUGGCGCACCCAGGCUACGCGCAGACGCACCAACUGAUGCAGCAGAGGUCGAUGGAGGUGCCGACCCCUGCGCAGCAGUACGCUCAGAAGCAUCCGGGCACUUUGGGCAACUCCAGUCCGCAAUAUAGGGCGCCGUUUCCUCAGUUAUCCCCUCAAAUGUCACCCAGACCUCAGAUGUCGCCAAGACCACAAGCCCCACAGAUGUCGCCACGUCCAGUGAUGUCUCCUGCUAAACCGAACAUGUCCCCGCACCCGCAAAUGCAACAGACAAACCUCAGUCCUAGGCCGGCCACCAGCCUGACACCGAAGACGACAACGGCUUCGCCGGCUCCUAUCCCGCCGUAUUCGCAGCAAAGUACCUUGCAAGCUUUGGAACAAAUGGUGAUGCCUCCUUCUAGCACCAACAAUACAGAGUAUCCGCCGUAUCCUUCGAGGACAUCAUUGAUACCACCUCAGCCGUCGCAGAAUCCCUUGUCUCCAGUUAUGGGGAUGAGGAACCAGAUGGCGGAUCAGUGGUCCGCUCAGCCUCCAAGACAAGCACCGUCGCAUAACAUCUCCAGCAUCAACGGACUGAUGGGGAUGAUGGAUCCUUCCCAGAUGCAAAGUUUACAACAGCAACAACAGCCGCAACCUCAACCUCCUCCUCCUCCUCAACAACAACAACAACAACAGCAGCAGCAGCAACAACAGAUUCCGCCGCAUUCGCAACAAUCCAAUAUACCUCCCACUUCUCAAUCUCUACCCUCGAAUCAGAACAUGAGUAAUCUCGGUAUGCCACCACAAAGUAUGAGUUUCAAUUUCAACGAUGACCUAAACAAACCAGAUAUGACGUUAAGGGAGCCACCUACUCCUCAGAAUGUGCACAAAGACUUUGCUCCGUCGAUACAAUCGGUACAAUCUCCCACGAAUAGUUUGCCAGAUAAACAACCCAGCAGUACCACGAAUUCGGAAAUGAACAGGGAGAUUAAUGUUCCCUACUCGUCGGCUAGCAGUCUUUCGCCUCAUCCUCCGACACCUACACCAUCUUCAACGACAGACGAUAAUGUCAAUAACGCUCCGGAUGUUACUCUGCCAAUAAACGAAUCUUCGAAACCUGAGGAAGAAAUGUGCGAAAACGCUUCUCCGAUAGAACAACCAACCCAGAGCAAAACUACGACUAGCUUCACGGAUUUCAACUGCGUCUCCAGCAUGUCUGGUUACAACAGCGAGCCUAGCACACCAAAGACCAUAACUAAGAUGGACGAUUUAGUGCAGUCCAAUGCGCCUUCCACCUUUUCCCAAGAGAAUUCCAUGUCUCAGGACUCUUCGAUGGACUCCAACAAUGACGUGGUCGCACAAUCCACUUAUCAACAUUCGCUAAAUCAAAAUAGCAACUCGUCUUUUCCUACCAGUUUCUCUAUGCAAUCUCAACCGGCUGCGGCCCCUUCGUUACCAUCGACGUCGCCACCGCCCCCUUCUAACGUAAUGUCUAACCAAAUAAGUACCAGCAGGUCUUCUCCUACCUUGUCUAUGUCAAACACAAGUCAGAUUAGCACAAAUGUCACUCCGACGUCUGUCGUCCACACAUUCGGAUCUCAAGACUUGCCCGUCACUCCUACCAAUGUCUCGACUCCAGCGCCGAUUGCUAGCGAAACGAACAACGUUGCGGCGUCUGCCACCCCGAGUUUGCUCAGUCAGGCCGGUCCAAUGAACAGCACAACGCCUCCAGCAGUUGCGUCUAAUCAACUAUCGCAGAUUCCCUCGCUUGGCAUUUUGCCGCAAAGCCUUGUGAAUAUCCCACCGGUUCAAUCCACUGCUCUGUACGAUCAAAGUACCGCCAUGCCGCCGAGAAGCUUGCCGCACCCGAUACCGCAUCCAAACAUGCCGAUGGGUAUCCCGAACCACCCGGGCAUGAUCCCACAUACUAUCCUGCCGAAUCAAGAGUUUCAGGGUUACCAACCGCCUGUUAGUCAUCAGCAGGAGAGGGCUGCUCUGCAACAACAGCUCCAAGAACUUUACUGCAUGCCGCCCGGUCCUGAUCAUCAGGAGAAGAUCGCCCAUCUGCAAGAACGACUGAACGUAUUGAGUCAACACGAGGCCACUGAACAAUGCAAUGGCGGGCCUCAAUGCGUAUUACAAUCUCCUCUUUUCACCUCACCGAUGAUAGAUAGUCCGCAAGUUACCAGCACAACCGGAAGGGGUAGAUCUAAAAGCGGGGCAAGGGCUAAGAAACCCAGACAGAGAAAGGGAGAAAAGGCUGUGUCUCCUAUACAGAUACCUCAGCCGAUCACUAACAUUGCGAUGGCCCCGCAACAACUUCCGGUGUCUGAAGAUUGUGUUACUCCUGGCACUGGACUCAGUAUUCCUGCAGAAGAACCCGCAGAUAUAAUGGACAUGGGAGACGAUUCCAUAAUCGCAGAACUGGCCGAUAAGAAAAAAAGAAAGCCUAGGGCGCCGCCCAAACCGAAGCAGCCCAAAGAUAGUCAGGAAACGGCUGAAGUCAAGACUCCUAAAGAAAGGAAGAAAAGAGAACCCAAAGAUCCCAAUUCGAAGAAACGCAACAGAAAGAAGAAGGGCGAAACCCUGGACGACAGCAGCGCUAGUGAUACUUUGACUAAAUCGAUUGAGAUUACAGAUGAUUCUUUAUCAGAAUCAGUCAGAGAAAGUGUGAACGAAGCUUUAGGAAAUGCUUCGGCCGAUGAGUCCAAAUCUCUGUCGGAAGAAAAAGCUUUGCCAGAUUCGGCCCAAGCCGCUUACGAGACUACGUCGGCGGAUCUGUCCGGGGAAACUGACGCUGUAGUAGAUUCCCAAACGCCAGACGACGUUUCGGAAUCUAUUCCUGAAUCUACAGAGACUGUGGUCAAAGACGAGUAUGCGUUUGAAGACCAACCUUUGAGUCCUCAAGAAUUAGGAGAGAUACCGCGUAAGAAGAGGAUACGCGCACCGGCCAAAAAAUCAUCAACGCCGCGAGUGAGGAACAGAAACACUUCCGGUUCAUCUCGAAGUAGAAGACGUAGAGGACCUAUAGUGCCGGAAUCUGACGGAGAAAACGACGAUAUGGCAUCGUCGCCGCCUCCUUCGCCGCAAGACGAAGAUUCCAACAAGAGAAGAUCCGCAAGGAAUACUCAGAGGAAGAAGUAUAUCGAUGACGUUAUGCUCCGUUUCUCAGACGAUGAUUCUCCUAUAUCGCAAUCAAAGAAAAAGUCAUCGUCAGGUCCCACUCCUCCUGCGCCCAGGCCUGAAUCAUCUCAAUCGAAUAUCGAAGAAAAGGCGGAAAAUGCUAACAAACCAAAUUUUGUUUACGUCAACACUACCGAAGAAGAUUCAAUGGUAGUACAACAUGUUCUAUCGUCCCGGAUGGUGAUGAGACCGAAGAAACCUACACCUCCAAGCGAUGAACAAAAAACCGAAGAUAAUGAGGAGAAGGCAAACGAAAACGAAGAAGGUGAAGCUGAAACUCCUGCUGAGAAAGAUAUCGAUAUAGAAGAUAAUAAAGACUCUGAUAAGGAAGAAGAAGAAACUAAGAUAGAAACGAAACCAUCAAAUGAUCAGACUGAGGGUAAAGAUGGGGAGAUGGAAGAAAUUGAAGAAUAUUAUGUGAAAUACAGGAAUUUUUCCUACUUGCACUGUGAAUGGAAGACAGAAGAAGAGCUUUUCAAGGGUGACAAACGCAUAGCUAACAAGAUCAAAAGAUUCAAACAGAAACAAGCGCAACAGUUGAACAUAUUCGAGAAUCUAGAAGACGAACCUUUCAACCCUGAUUACAUCGAAGUUGAAAGAGUUUUGGACGUAGCGGUUCAUACGGAUCCGGUCACACAAGAGACCGUUAAACAUUAUUUAGUCAAAUGGAGAUCUUUACAGUAUGAAGAUUGCACCUGGGAGUUGGAAGAAGAUGUAGAUCCAAUCAAGAUCGAGCAGUACGAGAAAUUCAAUAAGAUACCGCCUAAAGACCAGUGGAAACCUAAGAAAAAACCAACUGCCGAAGAAUGGGUCAAGUUGGACAAGUCACCCAUUUACAAAGCAGGAAAUAGCCUGAGAGAAUACCAAUUGGAAGGUUUGAACUGGUUGCUGUUCUCUUGGUAUAACGGCAGAAAUUGUAUAUUAGCCGAUGAGAUGGGUCUAGGAAAAACUAUUCAAAGUUUAACGUUCUUGAAUUCAGCAUGGGAAACUGGAAUGAGAGGUCCUUUCCUAGUCAUCGCCCCGCUCUCCACCAUUCCCAAUUGGCAGAGAGAAAUCGAAGGAUGGACCGAGAUGAACGUCAUUGUAUAUCACGGUUCCGCCGCCAGCAAGAACAUGUUACAAGAAUACGAAAUGUAUUACAAGAAUGACCAGGGAAAACCAAUCAAAGAACUUACCAAAUUCAACAUCCUCAUCACGACCUUUGAGAUCAUAGUCACAGACGUUGCUGACUUGAAAAACUUCAACUGGAGGAUAUGCGUCAUAGACGAGGCUCACAGGCUCAAAAAUAGAAACUGCAAGCUGUUAGACGGCCUUAGGCAGCUUAGCUUAGACCACAGGGUGUUGCUGUCCGGAACUCCGCUUCAAAACAACGUGAACGAGCUGUUCUCCCUCCUAAAUUUCCUCGAGCCAGAUCAGUUUAACAGUUCCGAGGCCUUUUUACAAGAGUUCGGUGCUUUGAAAUCCGAACAAGAGGUUCAAAAGUUACAAUGCUUGCUCAAACCGAUGAUGUUAAGGAGAUUGAAAGAAGAUGUAGAGAAAUCUUUAGCACCCAAAGAAGAAACAGUGGUCGAGGUUGAAUUGACCAAUAUACAGAAGAAGUAUUAUAGGGGUAUAUUAGAAAGAAACUUCUCGUUCCUUUCUAAAGGAACAACGAAUAGCAACAUACCAAACUUGAUGAAUACUAUGAUGGAACUUAGAAAGUGUUGUAUACAUCCUUAUCUGUUGAACGGGGCCGAGGAACAGAUUCAAUAUGAAUUUAAACAAACCCAAGGAGACGAUUCAGACGCUUAUUAUAAAUCCUUGAUUCACUCAAGCGGAAAGAUGGUUCUUAUAGACAAGUUAUUACCAAAGCUAAAAGCUAACGGACAUAGGGUGUUGAUAUUCAGUCAGAUGGUGAGAUGCCUAGAUAUCCUGGAAGAUUAUUUGAUGUACAGGAAGUACCCGUUCGAGAGAAUUGACGGUAGAAUUAGAGGGAAUUUAAGACAAGCCGCCAUCGACAGGUUCUCGAGACCAGACUCAGAUAGAUUUGUGUUCUUGCUCUGUACCAAAGCCGGCGGUUUGGGAAUCAAUCUCACGGCAGCAGACACUGUCAUCAUAUAUGACAGUGAUUGGAAUCCUCAAAACGACCUUCAAGCGCAGGCCAGGUGUCACAGAAUUGGCCAGCAGAAGAUGGUCAAGAUAUACAGACUAUUGUGCCGGAACACCUACGAAAGAGAAAUGUUCGACAAGGCCUCCUUGAAGUUGGGCCUGGACAAGGCCAUCUUGCAAAGUAUGAACACCUCCCAAAGCAAAGAUUCCAGCAACCGUCAGCUGAGCAAGAAAGAGAUUGAAGAUCUGCUCAAAAAGGGAGCCUAUGGCGCCCUCUUGGACGAAGGAAAUGAUGGCGAUAAGUUUUGCGAAGAAGACAUUGACGUUAUACUGGCCAGGCGUACUCAGGUCAUUACUAUGGAGUCGGAAAAGGGAUCAACCUUCUCGAAGGCCAGUUUCGCCUCGAGCGCCAACCGAUCUGACAUAAAUCUAGACGAUCCAGACUUUUGGAACAAGUGGGCGAAGAAGGCUGAGAUAGAUACCACCGAGAAAGACGAAAGCGAAGAUUUGGUGAUCUCUGAACCUAGAAGAAGAACUCAGAUCAAGAGAUACGGACACGACGAGAGCGCUAUUGACAUGUCAGAUUUGGAGACCUCCUCUGACACCGACCCUGAGAACGAAGGUAUACCGGGAAUGAGGGGAACCAGAAGAAGCAAACUGAAGAAGAAGAAACUCAGAGAUGACUAUUACCCAAGGGAAGGAGAGAAAGGAGAGAUCGUGUAUGGCAGUUGGGCCAGAAGGGAGUGCUUUAUGGUUGAGAGGGGACUUCUCACCUUUGGAUGGGGCAGGUGGCACGAGAUACUACAGAACUCCCAGUUAAGGAAAGGUUGGAAAGAUAUGGAUAUUGAGGAUUGUGCAAGGAUCAUACUUUUAUAUUGCCUAAGAUUCUAUCGAGGGGAUGAAAAAAUAAGAUCUUUCAUAUGGGACUUGAUCACUCCUGGAGAUGAGUCAAAAGUUUCCAAAAAUCAUCAGGGUCUGAAGGAUCCUGUGCCUAGGGGCAUAAGAAACAAACAUAAAAAGAAGAAAGAUAAUACUUUAGAUGCUGUUGAUGACCCAAAUCACUGGAGCAAGGAUGAAAAGUAUGAUGGAGAUAUAUUCUUGGAGAGUAAUUACAAGAAACAUCUUGGUAGACAUGCAAACAAAGUAUUAUUACGAGUCCGUAUGCUUUAUUACAUCAAGCAUGAGAUAAUAGGAGAUCUAGUUCAACAUAUAGCCGAUGGAGUACAUGCCAGUGCCUUGCCGAUAAAUCCUCCCGUUACGGAGCAAUUGCCUACCGAGUGGUGGGACACAGAGUGUGACAAGUCUCUGCUCGUUGGCACGCUGAAGCACGGCUAUGAGAACUACACUGCGAUGCGCGCCGACCCUAACCUUUGUUUCCUGUCCCGCUGUGGCCCCCCCUCCGAUCGAGAUCUUCAGAUGUUGGCGGCCUCGACGAACUUGCAACCAUCGACGCCCUCUACGGCAAAUAACGAGGAAGAAGCAGAAGAUGAUGACGGUACUGACGAGACUAAAUCCAAAACCAAGGAAAAUACAGAUUCGGAAAUUCCCGAACCUUCACCUGGACCGUCAGGGUCCUCAGAGACUCAUAAUCCUGACGAGGAAAUGAGGACAGAAGAACCAUUGGACGAUAAGCAAUGGCCCACUAUCACAGAUCUCAACACCAGAUUGAGAAGGGUUAUAACCUCCUAUCAAAGAAGCUAUCGUAAGGAAGAACAGAAAUUGGCUAAUAGCAAAUUGAAGAACGCCAUAGAGCCUCCAUCCAUGUCCUCACCGUUGGCAGCAUUGGCCCAGGUCACCCAGCAGUUCGAUGGAAGGGACUCUGUUCCAGGCCUAGGACUUCCUGGCUGGGAUCUCCAGCAACUGGCGCUCUACCUUCUCAAGAUGGAACGCCAGGGUAAGCAGGUCAUUGAGCAGGCCAUGAGGGAGAAGGAGAAACUGACGAUCAACAAGAGAUGGACCAAGAGAGAAGAGGCGGACUUCUUCAGAGUGGUGUCAUCUUACGGGGUGGUUUACUACAGAAAGAGGAAGGCCUAUGAUUGGUAUAAGUUUAAGCAGCUGUCGAAACUGGAGAAAAAGACUGAUGAAGAAUUGACUGAGUACUACAAGCACUUCGUGAUGAUGUGUAAGAAGCAGACAGGUAUAUUGAAUGAGGAAGGAAGUUACGAUGCUACCAUAGAGCAUAUAGGGGAGGAGAAGGCCAGAAGAACACUGGAGAGGUUGGAACUAUUAUCAAGAAUAAGGGAAGAAGUUAUUACUCAUCCGAAACUGGAUGAACGUUUGAAGGUCUGUGUAACAUCUGCAGAUAUGCCAGAUUGGUGGAUCUCUGGCAAACAUGAUAAGGAGUUGCUAAUAGGUGUUGCCAAACAUGGAUUAGGGAGAACAGACUAUUACUUACUGGAUGAUCCAGGCCUAUCCUUCCAUCAAAUCCUAAGAAAGAAAGUGACUUCUCACGAGGCCAAAGAAUCUAAAGACGCCAUUAAAUUGGGUAGUCGAGAGGACAUAUUGAAAUUGAAUAAAGAUGAACUAUUGGUAAAACUAGAAAAAGGUGAAGGUAUCCUGAAGAUAGAAAAAGUCGUAAAGAAAGAAAAUGCUGAUGAAAAAGACAAAAAAGAAGUAGAACAAGACAAGACCGAACUUGCUGUUGUCAAAUCAGAGACUGAGGAAAACCCAGCACAGGAGCAAGAACCGACUGAAACUAAAGAAGUAGUAGAAGAAGAAGAGAAACCUAAAGAAGACAAGAAAGAGGAAGAGGAAAAAGAAAGCGUUGAAGUUAAGGAGGGUGAAGAGAAGGAAACUCAGGAACCCGAAGAUAUGUCUAAGGCACCUGUGGAAAGUAAACCAAUAGAAGCAACAAAGAAGACUCAGAUUGAAGAAGAGAACGACUUAUGUUCCAAACAAGCAGCCGAACUCAAAGCCAUGUUCCCCGACUUAGAGGUUAUCCAGCCUCUGUCCAGGCUCUCCCAGAUCGACACCUUUGUCCUAAGAGACAAGCAGGAAACUGGUGCCUUGGACUUUAGCGAAACCACUGUGGCUCAGCUGUUCAACAACGCUGUGAAAUGGCCCAAAGAAUACGCUAUUCAAGUGAGACUCCAGCACAUAAUCUAUGCCGUGGAAACCAAGGAGUGGCCAGCUUCCAAGAGUUUCUCGGCCUACGCCACUGGUAUUGGUAAUGAGUUCGACAUUCCAAUCCAUGAGCUUCCCAACGAUCCUCCCAAGAGAGAAACUUCCACCCCAAUGUCUGUAGAUUCGGAUAUUAAUACGAAGAAGAGGAAAAGACACAUAGCCAUCGAUGUGGAGACCGAAAGAGCCAAGUUGCAUGCUUUAUUGAAUAGCACCAGUCAUCUGGGCAACCCGAUGAUGAAACAUUCCAUGGGUUGGGGCGAUAAUGAUGAUUCAGAGGACUCUAGGAGGUCAACACCUGUUCAGAGCACAUUGCAACCGCCUCCUGCGCAUCAAGGCACUUCGAGGAUGAUGGGUAACAUGAACAUGUAUGAUAUGAAGUAUCACUCGCCGAUUGCGAAGACUAUCGGACAAACUACUGUCAUACCUGGUACUAGCAGUACGCUGACUCCAAUCGAUUUGAGUUCUAGCAUUCCCAAACCUGAAAGACAAAUGACCGAUAUGGGCGAAGUUCAAGACUUUUCCAUGCCUUCCAAGAAGAUGGCAGGUGGCAAUUCAUCAUCAAAAAUGGGCGGUAACAAACUGGACGACACCUUAUCCAAGCUCAUGAAAAGAAAGAACUGCCCCGAACCUGAACCUUUGGUAGGAAAAGAAAAGAAACGAAAAAAAUUGGACGAAAUCGUACUAGGAUUAUCCGCAGCUAAAGAACAAUCAUUGUUUCCUGAACCUUCGAAGAAGCCUACGAUUCCGCCAAGCGUUACGUUAACCCCUACCUCGGCGCCAGUUAGUAGUUCGCACAAUCAAUCACAAAAACCGUUCACGAUCACAGUCACUUCCGUACCUUCUUCAUCUGCAUCCCGGAACGUAUCGAUGCCGAACAUGAUGCCUACGAUGCCAGGUUCUAGCAAGGACAGCUUCUCGUCCUUCCUGGCCCAAGCUGAACAGCAGAACCUGCUUUUGAAGAAGCAACAACAGCAACGAAAGAGCUACGAGGCUAUGAUAGCAGAUAUCAGCAAAGUGUCUGACUACAGCGCCAAGGUGAAUUCGUUCUCGCACGAGGCCAAGGUUAACAAGUGGUUGGCGGAACAGAAUGCGGCCUUAGCUGAGCAGCCCUUGGGUGCUGAUUAUCUUUCGCCGCGAAGAAGAAGACCCAGGAUCGAUCCUUCGCUUUUAGACUGGAAGAAACUUACAGGAGACGAAAACGUGUCCGUUAUACACAGGGUGAGCGGUAAGAAACUGACAGGACCUAAGGCGCCAACUUUAAAGAGGCUGGGACAGUGGUUGUUGGAGAAUCCUAUGUAUGAUAUAGACCCUAAAUGGUCGGAGUUGGUGAAGGAAAGGGGUAACCUAAGCCAUGAUCUGCAGAAACGAGUACAGGGUGGUUCAUGUUCCUCAGGUACAUCGAAAAAGGGUAAUAUGCCUGGUAGACCCCCUCUCAUGGCUAGUCCUACUGGCUCCAACUCAAGCGUGGGUUCUGCUAGUAUCAACACGUCAUUGCCGUCGAAUUUGUCAUUCCCCAAUUUGACUGGCGCUGGACUUGGAGGCAUAAAUUCUAAUCUUCUUUCAGGUCUAUCCGGUUUGGGACAGUUCGAUCCGAAGAAUAGUCCAUUGCUGAUGCCGUUCGCAGGUUUGCCCAACAUGGGAGCUCUGGGAUCGAUGGGCGGUCUCGGUAACCUCAACAACAUGAAUCUCUUCGCCAACCUGGCCGGUUUGGGCCUGCCAGGUUUAGGGAUGGAUCCUUCAGCCUUGGCAGCUGCAGCUGCCGCUGCAGGUGUGGGCCCAGAUCCUCAGAAGUCCAGUGGCAAAGGAGGAGGUGGCGGUAAGCAAUCUAAGCCUCAGGAGGCUCACAGUUCCAGCAAGUCCUCCACACCUUCUUCCGGUAACUCGAUACCGACUUCCAACCCAUUCCCGUUCUUCUUCCCGAACCCCAGUUUGUUGUACACACCACUGGGAUUGGGAGGAUUGAACCCGUUUACGUUGCAACCUGGGAUGUCGGCAGCGUACGACACUUUGGCCCAACAGUGCGGUUUGCUCAACGGCGGUAACAUGACUGCGGCUCCUUCGCCGAAUUCAAAAUCUGGGAAAUCCAGUAUGGGUUCUAGAGCUUCAGCGUCCUCCACUAUGACCACCUCCUCUUCCUCCAAACCGAGAACCUCCAGUAGGGACGCCCACCUCCAGCAGCUGUUGCUUCCUCCUGAUACACAGAUUCUAGAGAGCAUUACUAAAGCAGCAAGUUCCUUGGACGCUUCACUCAAACAGAUAAAGAAUGACAAGAAGGAAGAGAAGCGGCGGGCGUUGGAAAGCUUGAGAGGUAUGCUGCCCACUGACUUCACCACGCCCGAUAAAUUGAAGGACAAGAAGGACUUGCCAGGCUUGUCCGAUUUUACUAAGUUGCUGGAGGCUCAAGUGAACCAAACGGCGAAAAAGACGCAGGAACAGCAAAUGAAGGAGGCCAUCGAGCAACUUAGUAAAAACAAUGCGGAACUGAUGAUCUCAAAGGCAUACGCACCGGAGAACCCGAUGAUGAUGGCGUCGUCGACCAAGCGUCACCGAGACAGCACGGAACAAAACCUUGACGAUAACCCAUCGAAAAAACUGAAAGAACUAACAGAAAAAAUACCGGCGAUGACUAAUACCAAACCCCCAGGUGGGGAAUCCGAAAGCGUUGAUAUUGAAGCUUUGCUGCCACCCUCUACGGUGGUCAAGCGAUCGGGAGAGGAAACGGAAGCACCCAAGGCGGAAAUUCCGCCUGAACCCAUUCAAACCUUGGAGGAAGAACCUUUGGUUGAAGAAAAGAAAGAGGAGAUGGAGGAGGAGAGGAAGUACGAGGAGGUUGGAGAACCGCAACAGCCGAUGAUAAACGAGGCAGAGGAGAGAGAAACCGCGUCACCACCAAAGAAGAGUACAAAACGCACCCGAGGAAAGCGUAAAUCUGGUGAUUUACCUCCUAUCGAUCCAGAAUCAGUGCGGGAGAAGAAGAACCUACGUUCAAGUGCUAGUCGAUCUGCGGCCGCUGCUGCUGCCCGUGCUGCUGCAGCUGAACACGCCGCUGCUAAGUUAGAAGCCGAAAAACUGCGUGAGAGUGGUAAUGCUGAAGUGUAGUAAGGUCCAUUCGUAAGGAAACGGCUGGUUAUCUUACGGUAACUUUGAGGAUUUAACGGUCAGUGGAAAUAAUUUUUGAAGACGUUAACGAAAGUAUUUUCCUUUUGGUCGUUUUGUUACAAAGUUAUCUAGGAAGUUUAACAAGGACGAUGGCCUACAUCGCAAUUGUUAUAAGGGCAAACGAAGUGAACUGUGAUACAUGAAGCUAAAAGAAAUUAGAAGGAACGCUUUUUAGUGGUUAAAACUUCUACUUAAAUGGACUUGGUAAAGCGAUUGUUCAAAAAGAGAUGCAGUCUAGGUUUCUAAAUAGACAACUGGAAAAUGAAAAAUACGCUUGAUAAAUUUUACUAUGUAUUCCUCCCACUUUAUUAACAAUGAACUACUUAGGGUUACUUAUUGCGAUAAGCUUGAAUAUUUGGAAUUUGUUGUCUCGACCUUGGAUGGAAUGCAUUAGAGAACUCGGAGAUAUGUAGGGUGUCUUUGAAAUGAAUCUUCAUUUUGAUUUUUUACCGAACUUUGAUUGUUCUUCUGGAAUAUUUCAAACAAUAUAAUUGGAUACAUUGUUUUCAAUAAAUUUCAACUUGAUUUAAACCAUACUCCAUCGAAUAAUCAUAGGGUCAUGAACAUAAUCUUAUACAUUAGGGAAAGUUAAAAAUAAAGAUUAAAGUCUUCAUAGAAUUGACCAUGUCAUAUAGAGCAUUUAUGUUUUUUGCAGUUGAUAUCCCUGAUUGAAGAAUUAACUUCCAAAGAUUUGCAUAUUCUGCAAUUUCUUGUGUUAUCCAAUCAAACAAAAAUAUCACUCAUAAAUGAUCAAAAUGAAGAAGUCAAAAAGCUCUAAGCAUUCCGUUUGAAAGAGGACAAAGUAAUAAGUAUAUUCGAAGACUCGAAUGAUAAGGAAUGGGACAUGCAUCUGAUAGUUGUUGCCCACAUCGAUGAUGUUGGUUACUCUUUUUUCUCCUGUAUAUUUUCUGCUUUCUUUGUGUAAACAUACUAUUGGAAUAUGUCCUGUUGCAAAGAAUGAUAUUUUUUCCACUCAGUUAUUUUAUACAAUUUGUAUAUAAUAUACUUAAAGUAUUAUGACUUAUAAUUUUCCGACAGUGUGCAAAAUGUGUAAAUAAAACUUAGUGUUUUUAUUUCAAUUUUUUUAUUUAAUCGUGUACGUUGAUUAGAGGUAUAAGAAGUCUGAUGAAUAUUUAUUAUUACUUUUCACCUUGAUCUUUGAAUCCGGUAUUUAUUUAAUGAAACCGCAUUUUCGUGAUUUAGAUCUGCUGUUGUCAUACUUACGACGUAUACACGUAUCAUAGCAUGGUAGCUCUCUCAUUUAUUGUUAUAAUGUUCAUAAUAGAUAAUUAAAUGAUAUAAAUCCAA